AUGGAUCAGGUCACCGGAAAAGACAAAUUUCCGAUCUUUCAGUAUAGUGACUUCGACGUGUCCGCCCUGUGUCAGCUCGCCGGAAAGACGCGAAAGCUCGCGUGUACAUGUGACUUGAAUCAGCGUCCAAUGCGAGGCGGCUUUAACUGGGCAGUUUUCGUUUCGUUUGUAGAUGGCAUUCAAUGGGUUCUUCGGUCGCCGGCAUACAAUCACCCCGACCUGUCUGAAAGGAGUGUCGUCAAACUUCUCUUAAGCGAGGCUGCUACGCUCAGAUAUCUCAAGAUUUACACAGACAUACCUGUUCCUGAUGUUUACUCGUAUUGUGCUUAUGCAAACAACCCUAUCCGGAUCCCAUACAUUUUGAUGAGCAAGGCGCAGGGCGAGUCGUUGAACACAAUGUGGGGGAAAGAUGAUCUUCAUGGUCGUCUGGAUUCACUCGAAAUGAACAAAGUAAUGUCUCAACUGGGCCAAAUUACAUGGGACCUUGCUCAAGUCCGGUUUCCCCUCAUUGGGUCUCUAUUUGAAGAAAAUGGAGCCUUCGUUGUUGGAGAAUGCCUGUCAAAACGCCACAUCCAACAUAAGAGACAUUCGUUGGGAGGAAUUCCUCGUGGACCCUUUGACAGCGAGAGUGAGUUCUACCUCAGUCUCAUUGUAGCUUUGAUUAAGCACGCCGAAAUGCUGCCGUUGGGGCACCAUUGCUUCGCUGCCCCGGUACCCUCUAGGAAUGACUACCCUAACAAGGAUCUGUGGCAGUGUGCCCGCAAUCUUUGGAAUCAAUUCGUCACUAUUGGACAAAAGGUUGACGGCGCCGCGAAUAGAGUUGACUAUGUUAUUGCUGCUCAUGUCCUCAAUCAUUUGAUCUCUCAAUAUGGGCGCAACUGGUCUGGAGUCACAUGUCCGGUCAGCUUUCCACUCUGCCACCCUGAUCUCACUAUGAGCAACAUAUUCGUCGACGAUCAAUACAAAAUUACGUGCAUCAUUGACUGGGCUUUCGCCACAACUGUGCCCUUUCCCUUGCUUUUGUUACCACCCGGCUUUCCUCAGUCGCGGCACAGGCUAGACGAGAGAGUCUGCCUUGGUUUCGGAGAUGGCUUCCAGGAUGCGGCGGGACCCAAUGAACACAAUAUAAUAGCGGGCAUGUCGGUCCCCAAGGCUAUCCAAUGUGCUAAAAAUAGCCAGUUUGCUUGGUGCCUCUCACGGUUUCUAGCAUUUGAUUCCACAGACGACAUUUCACUUUUUCGUACAAUGUGGGAAUCAGUGUACCCAUCGGACCAUAAACUUGAGUCAUAUUUCUUUUCACAAAGAGCUCUACCAUAUUAUCGAAAGCUGUACGGAAAGAUCAGAGAAGAGGACUUGACAGAAUCUCAGAUCAAAAAAUCAGAGAGCGAUCAUUCCGCCAAAUCCCUGACCUUCGAGGUGUCUUUAGCUCGUCACUUGACAAUGAUUUCAGACUGGGGAUUCAACUAUGACCCAUUCAAACUUUCUGGCCUUAGAGAUACAGAACAGAUAUUUAUAACUGAGGGACGGGUUUGGCAAUGGAUUUUGAAAUUCAAAAGACAACACCGCGACAGGAUCGGCAUCGAAGAGUGA